GGCCGCGCACGAGGGCGCGCGUCCGUCGGGUGUCGGAGCCAGCUAGUGUUGCGCCGCUGGGGGCGGCGGGGAGGCGUCCGGGCUCCGGAGCCUUGGCGACGCUGGCAGGAACCAAGUGGAGGAUCAAGUCUCAGCAAACUAUACAAUGGCAAUUGAGGGAAUUUUGAAAAAUGAAGUUCCGUGAUUGCAUCUACCUUUUGUCUUCUCUUUAAAAAAGAAUAAAUGGGAUGUUUGAGAAGAGAGCUUUAUUAAAAGAAUACUGUUGCAAAUGGCUUCAGAAUCUAUAAAUGGGAAGCAAUCUAGGAAUCAUUUAACUAAGGGGAAAAGGCAACAUCAGCAGCAUAUAAAGAACAGAUCGUCAGUCAGUGAUUGUGAUGGAGAAGAUUCCUUUACCUUUGAAGCAAAUGAAGCUUGGAAAGAUUUCCAUAAUUCUCUUCUUCGAUUCUAUGAAAAUGGAGAACUCUGUGAUGUCACACUAAAGGUUGGAUCAAAGCUAAUCUCUUGUCACAAAUUGGUUUUGGCUUGUGUUAUUCCCUACUUCAGAGCCAUGUUUCUCUCUGAAAUGGCUGAAGCCAAGCAAACACUGAUUGAGAUUAGAGAUUUUGAUGGUGAUGCAAUAGAAGACUUGGUGAAGUUUGUCUAUUCUUCACGGCUUACUUUGACUGUUGACAACGUCCAGCCUCUCUUAUAUGCAGCCUGUAUUCUGCAGGUUGAACUGGUAGCCAGAGCUUGUUGUGAAUACAUGAAGUUACAUUUUCAUCCCUCCAACUGCCUGGCAGUGAGAGCCUUUGCAGAAAGUCAUAAUCGAAUAGACUUAAUGGACAUGGCAGAUCAGUAUGCCUGUGAACAUUUUACUGAAGUAGUGGAGUGUGAAGACUUUGUAAGUGUGUCACCCCAGCACCUCCAUAAGCUUUUGUCCUCCAGUGAUUUAAAUAUUGAGAAUGAAAAGCAGGUCUACAGUGCUGCUAUCAAGUGGCUUCUUGCCAAUCCUCAGCAUCACUCCAAAUGGUUGGAUGAAACACUUGCACAGGUUCGUCUGCCAUUAUUGCCAGUUGAUUUUCUUAUGGGUGUUGUGGCAAAAGAACAGAUUGUCAAGCAAAAUCUAAAAUGUAGAGAUUUAUUGGAUGAAGCAAGAAAUUACCACCUUCAUUUGAGUAGCAGAGUACCUGACUUUGAGUACUCCGUUCGGACAACUCCAAGGAAGCACACUGCUGGUGUGCUGUUUUGUGUAGGUGGUCGAGGUGGAUCUGGUGACCCCUUUCGCAGUAUCGAAUGCUAUUCUAUCAACAGAAACAGUUGGUUCUUUGGACCAGAGAUGAAUAGUCGAAGGCGACAUGUGGGCGUAAUCUCUGUGGAAGGUAAAGUGUAUGCAGUAGGUGGCCAUGAUGGAAAUGAACACUUAGGUAGCAUGGAGAUGUUUGAUCCUCUCACUAACAAAUGGAUGAUGAGGGCAUCAAUGAACACAAAGAGGCGAGGAAUUGCCUUGGCCUCCUUAGGAGGCCCAAUUUAUGCAAUUGGAGGGUUGGAUGACAAUACUUGCUUCAAUGACGUGGAGAGAUAUGACAUAGAAUCCAAUCAGUGGAGUACAGUGGCACCAAUGAAUACUCCCCGGGGAGGAGUUGGCUCUGUGGCUCUAGUGAGCCAUGUUUAUGCAGUAGGUGGCAAUGAUGGAGUGGCUUCUUUAUCUAGUGUGGAGAGGUAUGAUCCACAUCUGGAUAAGUGGAUAGAAGUUAAAGAAAUGGGCCAACGAAGAGCAGGCAAUGGAGUUAGCGAGCUUCAUGGUUGUUUGUAUGUUGUUGGUGGUUUUGAUGAUAAUUCUCCUCUGAGUUCAGUUGAGCGGUAUGACCCUCGAAGCAACAAGUGGGAUUAUGUGGCGUCACUCACCACUCCCAGGGGUGGAGUAGGGAUCGCAACAGUGAUGGGCAAAAUCUUUGCAGUUGGUGGUCAUAAUGGCAAUGCAUACUUAAAUACGGUGGAAGCAUUUGAUCCCGUGCUGAACAGAUGGGAGCUUGUUGGAUCUGUGUCUCACUGCAGAGCUGGAGCAGGUGUAGCUGUGUGUGCUUGUUUAACUAGCCAAAUUCGAGACGUAGGUCAUGGAUCCAGUAAUGUGGUUGACUGUAUGUGAUUUGAGUUCCAGCCACAAAUAAUUUAGUCAUAUCUGAUAGGCAAGAAAGACAACAAACAUUUUGAUAUGACCUUUUUUGAAUUGUAACUAUAACUAGAGUCCUAUUUAAAUGUUGACUGCUAUAUUGUGAGUAAAUAAAACUUGUGGAAUGGUAGCUGAAGAGUUCUUAGUCAUAAAGGUAAGUUUGGCACUUUUGCCUUAGCAAAUAAAUGAGUAGGGAAAGACAGUAACUUGAAAACCACACCUACUCUGAAAAUUAUUUUAAAGUAGUGCUCAAACUUUGAAAUCUCUGUUUAUUUGGAUGACUAAAAAUGUGAUUUGUUGAGUUUUACAUUUUCUUUUGCUUAAGAAAGUGGAUUUUUUCCUAGAGGGGAGAUUAGAACCUGUUCAUCAAUAUAAAGGCAUAAGAGACCUGCUCCUUUUGAAGAUCAUUCUAUGUGGUGCUGAUGAGUUUAUGCAUUGCUUUGAUUCUAGGUGUUGAUUUUCAAUUACUUAGAUAUUUGCAGAAGUAGAAAAAAAUGGUUUUGUCUUUCUGAGUGCUACUUGGUUGGAUUUGUGAAUGCUUAUAGGAGAAAAAUCUGCCCUUAAUUUCAGUUACAACUGCUAGCACACCAAAAGACUCAGCUAUACUAAUUCCAUCUGAACAAGUCUACAGGUUUUUUGUUUUUGUAUCUCAUGCAAAAAGUGAGCCAGAGAAAAUCUCAUGAAGGCUUUAGAUGUAAUAAUAUUCUAAUGACCAGUUGAGAGACCUUAAGGAAUGGUGGAGAUUAUAUGGCUCCCUAAUGAGGGGACUCUGAAAACACUUUUUCUUCUUUGACUUAAUUGUUUGAUUUUGAACCCAGGACCUAUUGUUUUCCUUUUUUAUUAUUUGCCCCCAUCCUGGUUUUUCUAAUUGUAUGGAUCUGGAUUUAUUUAUUAUCAGAAAAUGAAUGCAUUUUUAC